AUGGCUUCCCGAAUCAAGUAUCUUCGACGGCGAACGGACAACACAUCUUCGAAGUCUCCUGUUAACCAGCCUCCAAAGGACUCUCCUGAGUACAUCAACAGUCUCGUCUCGCAAUUGUUCGGUCCAAACCACGACUCGCUUCCCGCUCUCACCUCUUCGCCUAAUUUGGACCCUGAACUGUACGCCCUUCUGGGUCUCAUUCUACGCCAGUUUGUCACAGGAUGGUACAAGAACGUGUCCUUUGACGAGAACGAAGAGUUCAUGAACGAAAUCAUCGCCCUAACCGCACACAUGACACGCGAUAUUCAACAGCGAUGUCUCAGGGUGAAUUGGGGCCAGCUGUUCUUCGACGACUUGUUUAUCCUGCUUGAUAGACAUCUUCAGGCAUUGAGAGAAACACAGAUCAGAUCAGGAACAAAGUAUAGCCGCGAUGAUACAAACGAAACAUUGGCCAACUACCUCAUCCUGAACGGUCAUUUUGCUGUUCAAAUCGACGACCCGCAACUCGAAAGCCAGUAUCGCUUGGUGCUGUCCAAGAAAAUGCUGCAACUGCUUCUGCCCAGCGAAGAACUGCACUCAAAGCUGAGUAUGAUGUUUGUGGAAACCAUCUUUUCUGAUCUGCUUCUAAAAAACAUCGUGGAGAACCUUUCUGAUAACUUUAUGUUGUGGAACCUGACAAGAUCCAUAAGCGAGUCUGUUGCCAAACACCCUUCCGAAAACAGACCUUUGUUUGAAAAAUUGAUCGGACUAAGUCGCAGACUGGGCCAUAUUAUUGCAUAUUGUACGUCUGUGUUUUCCAUAAAAGUUGUGCCUGAAACCUCAAUCAUCCAGUAUGCAGUUUUCCCGUUUUCCGACCACUUGGUCCAUUUCAGUGAAAGACACCCAAUCUUGAGUUUCCAGAUUGCAUCGGCGUUCCACAUACUGGACAAGUCUGCAAAAUUCAACCAUCUGUGCAACAAUGUUCUGAAUAAUCUGAUAUACAACAGAGUCCUAACAGACUCUGUGUUGGGGCGGUGCGUUCGUGGACUGCGACACAUGCUAUUCCCCACGGAUGGGCCGUUCAAUACGGCUCCAAGAUAUGUUCCUGAGACACGACAGGAACUGGACCAGAUCAAACUGGCUGCUCAAACUGCUCUCAACAAGGUCGUGAGCCACCCGUACCUGGACACAUCGUCUUUUGUGGACUCAUUUGAGUACAAGCUGAUCAACAAGUCGCUGAUAUGGAGUGUUCUCGAUCUGGUCCUUUGCAAUAUUUUCCCCGAACUAACACAGUCCACCGAACAAGACGAAUAG